CAACCGUUUACUCAUCCGUCACAAAGAUGGCUGCGCUCAGAGUGUUUAGUCGUAAUUUACCAUAUUUACGACAACAAUUUUCCGCAUUACUAGGAAACACAUCACCUUCUGUGAAAUUUAUUUGUGUUGUUGUAAUAAUUGGCUAUGUUUUAUCAUUCUCCGAUGAUGUUGUGGACGUUUUAAGUGUAACUCCGGGGUAUUUGUUGCCACCUUCUUUUCAAUUGUGGUCUACUUUCACGUUUUGGUUUCUAGAAAUACAUUUGUGGGAGGUAGUGAUUGAUAUAAUUACUGUGGGAUUAUGUGGGAAGUUAAUAGAGCCGCUAUGGGGUCCUAUGGAGAUGAUGAAGUUUUUCUUUUUGACCAAUAUUGGCGUGGCGUUUCUAACAACAUUCUAUUAUUUAGUGAUAUUUGCUUGCACCGGACAGGCAUCGUACCUCUUCGAUAUACAUGUCCAUGGUUUAGCUGGUUACCUGGCAGCCGUGAGUGUGGCUGUCAAACAGAUAAUGCCAGAUCACCUACUAAUAAAAACUCCAUUAGGUAAACUCACAAAUCGUUCACUACCGCUGCUGAUUUUAAUAGCUGCAAUAAUACUUUGGGCCAUCGGAGCCCUGGAGGGCACAUAUCCCUGCAUGUGGGGCAGUGGAGUGAUCCUCUCAUGGAUAUAUUUAAGAUUCUGGCAACAGCACAGCAGUGGCACUAGAGGAGAUAUGGCUGAUAACUUUAGCUUUGACAAUUUCUUCCCUACUGUUCUGCAGCCAGUAGUGCGAGGUAUUCUGGGCCCUCCACACCGUUGCCUAGUGAGGCUCGGUUUGUGCUCCCCCAGUCCGCGCCGGGUGCAUCUUGCUUUGAGUCCACGAGGUGUCACUAUAUCCAUGCCAGGAGUGGAGCCCCAGGACAUGGAAAGGCGGAGACAAAUCGCGCUCAAGGCAUUGAGCGAGAGAUUAUCCAAGACAUCUGAACAAACGAGACAAAAGAAUCUAUCUACCAAAGUGAACAUGGAUGCUGUUAGGAAGAUGCAGCCUCCACAUGUGAUACCGCAAUUCGCGGAGACUCCAACGAGCAGCCAGGCGCCGCCUGCUGCCGCUGAAGCGACCCUUGUCGAUAUCAGCACAGAACCAACUCCGCCCACCACAAAACAGUCAUGAUCUUCACAGUCAAAUAUUACCUAAUAAGGCUGUUCACAGAACCACUUAGAAAUAGGCCAAUGUUGUUGACAAAGUCCAAUGUUGCUAGUGUGAAAGUUAAACCGAAUUUAGAUAAGCGGAAAUGAAUGGUAAAUGAAAGUUGACAUUCUUGUAAGGCUGUGACUGUGUUGCCAGGUUUAAUCUGAAAUGGCACUUUUAAUUUUAAAACCAUCAUUAAAUAUUUAUAUAAAAUUAAUAUGUUUCUAUGACUUGAUGAAAAUAGGGAUUAAGGUGAUCAAUUCAAAUAUCUAUUAAUUUUUUAAAUGUUUUUUGAAUAUUCUCAGAUUAAAACUGGCAACUUUUGGUUGUGAGGUAAAUAUAAAUGAAAUUAAUUAUACGCGUAAGGUAAAUCAUGUUAUUAAUUUCUGGAUUCAAAUGGAUUGUAACUGAUGAAUUUGCAUUUUGACAGUCACGAUAUUUUUUUAUACCUUAUUUAUUACAAUAUCCAUCCUUUUGAAUGCAUUUAAGUGAAUAGGCCUUUAUCGCCUUUUUAGAUGUUCUGACUGCAAGCGGUGGCGUACUUGGUGUACUGAAACGUGUGAAAAGGUACUUACAGUAAUUGCAAAAUUGGACUUUGUUAAUAAAACAAAAAAAAAAAUCGUAUUGUAAUUUUUGCAGUGGUGCUGUGAACAUUACACUGUUUACAGAUUACACAGUUAUUGUUUUUUUUUAAGACUUGCGAUUAAUUUCUGUAUGGUUACAGUUGUGUGUAUGGUAUAAAGAAAUAUUUUUUGCAGAUUUGCAUUUGUUGAUGAUGUCAAGUUAAUAUGAUGAUGAAUGAUGUGACAUAUUGUAAAUAUUAUUGAUAUAAAUUAGUGUUAAAUAAAUAAUAUUCAAUCAUU